CUACCCAACCCAUCCCUCCCGGCAUCCCCCCUCCUGCUCCGAGCAACACGCCCCCGCCUGACCUCCCCACUCCCCACUCCCCACGCCGCGCGCCACCGCAACCGCCUCCCCCGCGCCGGCGUUGACCGCCGCUGACCGACAGACCGACCGGCCGACCGACCAUGGACGCGCGCCUCCCCCCUCCGGCGCCGUCCUCCUCCUCCGUCUUCGGCGGCGGGGGCGGCGGCGGCCUCCCCGCGCGGGGGCACCACCGGCGGGCGCACUCGGAGACGGUCAUCCGGCUCCCCGACGCGGACCUCCUGCUGGACCCGGACGCCGACUUCGGCUUCUCCGACAUCGACUUCCCCUCGCUCUCCGACGACUCCCCCGCGGCCUCCGACCCUACGCCCCAGCCACAGCCCCCGCCGCCGGCCCAGUCGCUGCAGCAGCAGGCGGCGCAGGCGUCGUCGGCGCAGAGGCCGCCGAGCGGGGCGCACAUGCGGAGCCUCUCCCUCGACGCCGCCUUCUUCGACGGCCUCUCGCUGCAGGGCGGAGGGGGAGGAGGCGGCGUCGCGGGGCACAAGAGGAGCGGCUCCAUGGACGGGGCCACCUCGCCGUUCGAGGGCGAGUCCGCGCCCCCGGGCGUGCUCCCGGACUACGCCAAGAAGGCCGUCCCCGCCGAGAAGCUCGCCGAGCUCGCGCUCCUCGACCCCAAGCGCGCAAAGAGGAUCCUGGCGAACCGGCAGUCGGCGGCGAGGUCCAAGGAGAGGAAGAUCAAGUACACAAGUGAGCUGGAGAGGAAGGUUCAGACGCUGCAGACGGAGGCCACCACGCUCUCAGCACAGCUCACGCUUCUUCAGAGGGAUACCUCUGGUUUAACCACUGAGAACAGGGAGCUCAAACUCCGGUUGCAGGCCAUGGAAGAACAAGCUAAACUUCGAGAUGCUCUGAAUGACGCCCUGAGAGAAGAAGUGCAGCGGCUUAAGAUAGCCGCAGGGCAAGUCCCUAACAUGAACGGAAACCCCUUCAACGGAGGACUACCACAGCAGCAGCAGCAGCAGCAGAUGGCAUCCUAUUUCUCACAACCGCAGCAGAUGCAAUACUUCGGUGGUCACCAGGGCCAGCAUCACCACCACCGAAACUCUUCAAACGGUGGUGGCCAGUCCCUGAGUGACUCCAUGGAUUUCAUGUGAGGGGACUGGACUCAGGCUCCUGAGGCCGCAUAACACCAACUGCAACUAAAGUACUGUAAAGGUAGCUGAUGUAUACCAUAUUCGUAUGAUAUGUACCAUUCUUAUGCUAGCUAACUGUUCUUUGUACCAUUAAUCGAAAAGUCAUAUCCAUGCAUGACAACCCUAUAUCAUCUCUUUGGUUUUGGGGGUUCAGAUGCCUUGACUUCUUGACAUGUUUGUUGCCUGUCGAUGCUGCCCUGUAAAGAUUGCUCCUAUAUAGUAGUGAAUGGAAUGGUUUUCCGGUUGAAA